UUCGUAGAGGCAGCUCAUAUCAACGACUUUCACUUCACUCGCGAGCUUCGCAGUUUUGACACACUCGGUUACGCCCGAAAUCCCACUGCUGAUAAAAGUCAUGAAUAUAUUGGCAAUAAGGAGGCUGCUAUCGAAAAUCAAGGCGAAUCUUUGUUCGAAUCAAAGAAAACUGGCGGAGAAAAGCGGAAGCGACAAGCCAACUUUGAUCCAUCAGACAUUGAAGGAUAUACAGGACCUUGGGCUAAGUACUGCGAUGAGAAGACGAUAGCUAAGCCAGAUCCCGAACUGCAGAAGGAAAUGGAUGAAAUCACUAGAAAGCGACAGGCUAACAGCCGGCGUUUCAAACGAAAGCAACAGCAACAACAGGGUGAUAACGCUGAGGAGUCUUCUGUAUUGCACUUGAAAGAAGCCCAGGAUUAUCAAGGGCGCUCAUUCCUUGUGCCACCUGCGUUCACUGGUGUCAACUUGCGGGCAGAUGCGGCUCCAGAAAAGUGUUUCAUUCCCAAGAAACAAAUCCAUGUCUACAAAGGGCAUACUAAAGGCGUUAACUGCCUUCAAUGGUUCCCAAAAAGUGCACAUCUCUUUCUGUCAUGCUCUAUGGAUACUAAGAUCAAGCUUUGGGAAGUUUAUGGGAAGCACCAGGUUGUUCGAACGUAUUCUGGCCACAAACUUCCUGUACGAGAGGUUGCUUUCAAUAAUGAAGGGACGGAAUUCUUGUCUGCGAGUUUCGAUAGAUACAUCAAGUUGUGGGACACAGAAACAGGCCAGAAUGUGGGCCUACACUCUAUACCAACGAUGAACAAGAGUCCUAAUGAAAAAUGGGUGGUCGGUCAAUCAAUGGAUAACCGAAUUGUGUUGUUCCAAUUAAUUGACGACAAGUUGCGAUUUGCCAAGAAAAAAGCGUUCAGAGGACACAAUUCUGCAGGUUAUGCCUGUGUAACUGACUUCAGUCCUGAUAUGAGCUACUUAAUAAGCGGAGAUGCUGACGGUAAGCUUUUCAUCUGGGACUGGAGGACGCAUAAGAUUGUGGCCAGAUGGAAAGCUCACGAUAACACUUGCAUUUCGGCGCGAUGGCAUCCGAAGGAGAAGAGUAAAAUUUUAACGGCGGGAUGGGACAGUGUGAUAAAAAUGUGGGCAUAG